CAGUCUAAAGUGAAAGGACUUUGGACUUCCUGUUUGGAUGCACAAUGGACAACCGUAUUUUGUAGGCUACAUGAAACCUUUAAAUACAGUUUAAGUCUUAUGCAGCGUGCUAUCAUGACUCAUUAAUAUAAAUAUAAAUAUAUAUAUAUACACACAAAUAUGACAAAUAUGAGCUUCUCGACAUGGAGACACCGUUCAGGUGAAGUAGCAGAUUUCUGAGCAGAGUGUUUCAUUAGUCUGAACCUACAGUAGGAGAUCAAGAUGGCAACCGUGAGCAACAAUGAGUUUAAACUUCUUUGUCCACAUGCUGCACAGCGUCAGUCUGGCUCUGUGGUCACUUUCUCCUGCCACCUGUCUCCUGAAAUCAGUGCUGUUAACAUGGAGAUCCGGUGGUUUAUGGGGACACGCUGUGUUUGUCUCUAUAAGAACAAACAGGUGACAAAGGGGAGAGGUUACGAGCACAGAGUGAAUCUUUUCACUCAGGAACUGGAGAGAGGAAACGUCUCCUUACAGCUGACAGACUGCACAGAGUCGGACUUAGGACAUUACCUGUGUCAGGUGACUGAUGGAGACAGAACUGAAGAGCUUGUAUUGGGAGUUCUAAUGAAUGUGGAUACGGAUUCUUCACAGGGAUCUGCCUACAUCUCUCAGAUUGAUAGAAAAUGGACAGAAGAGGAAAAAAUGAAAAUGGAGGAAUCUGCUCAGUUGGCUGAAUAUAAAUCCGAGAAUGAGAGGCUUAAUGAUGCCCUUAAGGAGAAGAACAGCAAACUGGAGAAAACUGAGGAAGAGCUAAGAACCACUUCUAAAUCGCUAACAGAUAAAGACCAACAGCUAAAUAAGAGUAAAAAACAGAUAGAGGAUAAAGAUACAGAACUGAGAAACAGAGAAAAAAUCAUGGAGGAGAAAGACACACUACUCAGUGAUACAAAUACAAAACUAAAGAAGACGACUGAAGCACUACAGGAGAGAGACAGAGCUCUACAGGAGAGAGAUCAACAACUGAAACUGAAAGACACACAGAUACAGGAGGCACGAACACAAGUGGAGGAAAAGGAGAGAAGACUUGUGGAGAAGGAAAAAGAAUUAAAGGAGAAAAAUGAACAGCUGAAGGUAAAAGACACACAGCUGAAAGAGAAAGACACACUUGUAAAACAACAUUUACAGACUAAUGAGAAAACUAUCUCUGAGAAAGAUGCAGCAUUAAUGGAAAUGGAUGCAAAGCUUAAAAGUGCUACUGAACAGAUUAAGGAGAAAAACACACAACUAGACAAUAUAAACAAACUGAUGAGUGAGAAAGAUACACAACUGGAGAACAAUGUAAAAGAGCUGGAAAUCAAUAAAAAUCAACUGGAGACUUUGGGACAGGAGCUGCAGGACAAGAACAGAGAACUACAGGAGAUUAUGGGCGUACUGGAGAAACAGAAAACCGAGUUAGAAGGAAAAAAACAACAGUUAGCAAAGAGAGAGAGACAGCUAAUGGAAAGAGAUAGACAGCUUCAGGAGAAUGACCUUCUUCUGGCAGAAAAUGCACAAGCACUUCAGAGUAAGGACAUGAAUCUGGAAAAAAAGGACACCGAACUCCGAGAGGUAAACAGCGAGUUUCAGAAAACAGCCCAGAAAUUAAAAGACAAUCAGAGACAGUUGGAAGAAAAAGAGAGACAACUAGGGACUCUUUCUGAGAAAGAUGCAGCGUUAAUGGAAUUGGAUGAAAAACUUAAAAGUGCUACUGAACAGAUUAAGGAGAAAAACAUACGACUAGACAAUAUAAAGAUACUGAUGAGUGAGAAAGAUACACAACUGGAGAACAAUGUAAAAGAGCUGGAAAUCAAUAAAAAUCAACUGGAGACUUUGGGACAAGAGCUGCAGGACAAGAACAGAGAACUACAGGAGAUUAUGGGCGUACUGGAGCAACAGAAAACCGAGUUGAUAGAAAAAGACAAACAGCUUGAAGAGAAACAGAGUCUUUUACUUAAAAGAGAGACACAGCUAAGGGAACGAGACGAGCAGCUUCAGGGGAAAGAAAGGGACAUUACCCAUCCAGACUCUUCAGCCCCUGUCAGGAAAAGAAAUAGCAUGGAGGGGUUGCCUCCAUAUAUGGGUGGAGACUCAUCUACUUCAGAUUCUCCAUUGUCAGUUCCUGUAACAGAGCUGAGGCUGCUACUGCUCGGGGGUAUGGGUUCUGGUAAAAGUGCAGCAAGGAACACCAUCCUGGGCAGAGAGAAGAGCCAAGCAGCUACAUCUACAUCCACCCAGCAGAGCGAGAGCACACAGGGGGAGGUGGCUGGGAGGAAGGUGACUGUGGUGGACACUUCUGACUGGUUCUCUCAUGGACUCUCUCUGGAGAAGCUGAGACAGGACGUGGGACACUGUGUCCGUCUGUCUGCUCCAGGACCCCACGCCUUCCUCCUGGUCAUACCUGUAAAGCAGCCUACAGGAGAGGACCGAGGGAUGCUGGAGAAAAUGGAGGAGAUGUUUGGAGAGAGAUGUUGGAGAAACACAAUGAUUAUAUUCAGUGUUAUUGAUGAGCUUCAGAAGAAGAACAUUGAGGAGUUUAUCCAAUCAGGAAACCAGGAGCUCCAAAGGCUUGUAGAGAAAUGUGGGAACAGGUUUCACUGUCUCAACAUUGAGGAGAGUGGAGAUGGUUCUCAGGUCUCAGAGCUGCUGGAGAAGAUAGAGAAGAUGGUGGAAGGAAGCAGAGAGAAAUUCUACAGCAGUGAGAUCUACCUGGAGACAGAAUCUCAGAUUAGAGCAAUGGAGACAAAGAUCCUGAAGGAAAGAGAAGAGAAAAGAAUAAGUGACGAGAGAGAAAUGAGGGAAAAACUGCAAAAGGAGGUGCAGGACUCUCUAAGAAAGAUAGAGGGAGUGAUCCAGGAGCAUGAAGGAGACAUCAGACAACUUAAUGACCGAACAUCUGAACUGGAGAGAAAGAUGAAAGAAGAGAAGGACGAGGAAAAAAAGAGAGAACUUGACAGGGAGCUGAAACUAGAAGUAGAGCGAAGGACAGAGAUGGAAGAAAAGGUGAAGAAACUGAAAGAAAAGAGAGAGAGGGAGAGGAGAGAGAUGGAGGAGAGGCACCAAAAGGAGAUGGAGGAGAUCAGGGAGGUGUAUGAAAUGGAGGUAGAGAGAAACCUCAAGAAGAUCAUCCUGCCUGAAAUCCAGAGAAACAUUUUGGCCUCAAAAACGAAGAUGCAGGAAGAGUUCAACAGCCAGAUGGAGGACAAAGACAGAGAGAUGGAGAUAGUUAAAGAGAAACUUUCCAAGCUGACAGAGAUCCACAGUCUGCUAAAAGAAGCAUACCAGACAACCAUGUUGACCUUAAUAGAACCAAAGUAAAUUCAGAAAUUCCCAGUAGGCUGAGAGCAUCCAGCAGGAGAGAACGACUAAAAGUACAUAUUAGGGUUUAGAUACACUUUCAUGUAUUCUUUCAUGGUAUACACGAUUAUAUAUUUAGUUUCCUUGUAAGUUUUUCUUUUACCAGUAUAGAUUUAUGGGAUUAGUUGUAGGUGACUGUAAAUAUGAUACAAAUUCUUUUUAAAGUGGGUAGACUGGUAGAAAAAAGUUAUUUAAGACUCAGGAAAAAAGUUAUUUCCAUACGUUGUCCUUUGUAUUUGUAACACAAGCUGGAAUGUGUUUACACGACCGAGCCCAUCUUUAGAAUGGGUGACAUUUGUCAUUUUAAAAAACUAUAUUUUUUAAAAAGUCUGUGUGCCAUGAUGGUACUUUGAUUGUCUUUGGUUAGUCCUGGUAGUUAUAAAAUGUAAAUGGAAUUGCAUAAAAAUAAGUAAAUAUAAAUAUACAUUUGAUUCACAUAUCAUGUUCUGUAUAUAGGUGCUAUAAUUAGAAUGCAUAAUAAAUAUUAUGACCCAUGUC